AUGGAGAAUUAUCACAUUUACGACGAAAUUGGACGCGGUACAGACUCAUUUGUGUACAAAGCACGACGAAAACAAAGUAUUGAAUACGUGGCUGUAAAGUCUACUACCAAAAGUCGUAUGGAUAAGAUUCUGAACGAAGUCCCGUUUCUACACAAGCUCAACAGUCGUUAUGUGGUCAGGUUUUAUGACUGGUAUGAGUCAUCGAAUCACAUUUGGCUUAUACUUGAAUAUUGUAUGGGUGGAGACCUGCUAAAUCUGAUUACACAAGAUAAACAGCUUCCUGAAUCAGUUGUCAAGUCAUUUGGAAGUGAACUUGUUGCUGGAUUACAGUAUCUUCAUGCCAAUAGUAUUCUAUAUUGUGAUUUAAAACCUGCAAAUAUUCUUAUUGAUGAGUUUGGAUCGUUAAAGUUGGCAGAUUUUGGACUUGCACGACGUGUUCCAGAAAUUCAUACAACACCGACACCAUCCCUUGCUCCAGGUUCACCGCAUUAUAUGGCACCAGAAUUAUUCCAGCAAAAUGCCGUCCAUAGUUUUGCGUCGGAUUUUUGGGCUUUGGGAUGUGUACUGUUUGAGCUUCGAACGGGUCGACAACCAUUUACACAUGGUAAUUUCUCCCAACUUGCACGAAUGAUUCAAACCGAUGCAGUGGAUUUUUCGAUUCUUGGAUGUGACAUGUCACUUGAAUUUCGUGAUCUUCUGGAACGUUUGUUAGUGAAAGACCCUUAUCAGCGAAUCACUUGGAAGGAAUUAGUCGAUCAUCCAUUCUGGGAUAAUUUGCCUUGCCUUGAGAAUGUUAUCAUGCCUGUGCAGGAGUUAUUUGAUAAGAAGUUGCCGGUGUCACUAAACGACUUGUCUACCAAAGAUGGCAAUCUCGGAAUUUCUCGGCGCGCAAACAAAAUUUGCACUGAACAAAAUGAGACUGAAAAUUGCAGCAACACUGGGCUUUCUGAUGACAGUGGUAUUGGAGACCAACGGCUACAGCGUGAGAAUGACGCAGCAGCAACAGACUGCAAUGGCGGUGUUGAAUUGUUAGAGUCUGGAGCUUUGAAUCCCAAUACCGCAAUUCUAGUUGAUACGAACCAAGAUGCAGUCCAUGACAAAACCUUAUCUGCAAGUGUAAGGAUGCUUCAAACACGCAGUUUAUUAAACAGCAAUGAUGACUUUGGCGAUGAUUUUCAAGAUGAUUUUCAAGAUGAUUUUCAAGAUGAUUUUCAAGAUGAUUAUAGUGAAGUAUCCAGUCAAUUGGCAGAACUCCGCGAUCAGUGGCGGAUGACCAGUGCACCUCAUUCUGUACCUCGUGCUAUUCGGCAAGCGCCAACACAAAGCAGACAUUUGAGUAGCAUGUUUGAUCAAAGUGGAGUAUCAGGAAGCUGGCUUUGCGCGAUUUCAGAACUUGUAUUUACGGCUGCAGAUUGCCGUGUGAAAUCAAUCAUUGAAUACAAUGAUAUUAAGCUUAAUGACUUGCCGCGCAUUCACGCAAAACUUCAUCAGUUUACACUCACUACACCGGAAGACCUAUUGUCAUGCGCAACAGAGACACUAGAGAACCAACUCAAAGAAAUCUACGUCAGUUUGAAGUCUUUGCAUGCUGAUAUUGCCGAAGAGCUCAGCUGCAUGGCAUACCUGUUUUCUCUCAGUUGUCACACCCGGCUGGCCCACGUGAUCGUAAAUAGCUCUAUCCUCAAGCUUCUAAUUCAUAUGUUGGUACAAGAAGCUCGGUUACCCGCAUCGCACAAGACAAUGUUAUCAAUGCUUUGCCUUGUGCUCGGCAUUUUAUUUCCCUCCGCGACCGUCGUUACACCAUCGUCGCCUGAUCAGCUACGACUACUUGUGAAAACUUUGUCGGACAUUGUUUCCAGUCCUUCUGGAAACAUUGCAGACACGAAAACUAUCAGCAAUAGUUGGUUGCAGUCUCGUUCGCUAGCACUUGCUUGCCUAGGAGAAUCGCUUUAUUACAUUUCGACACAACAAGAGUGGGAAGUACCACUGGAAGGGGUAAAAGCUGUGCUUGGUUGUAUUGAAGAUCCCGAUAUUGUAGCGCGCUUCUAUGCUCUAAGAACACUUCAUAAUAUGCUGAAUCAUUGUCCCAAGGCUCUUCUCCCGAAACUACUGAGCGAGAACUUUGUGCUGACGUUGAUUCGUGGAUUGUUGCAAAGCGCCGACCGAGGACUUCAAGUACAAAGUGAUCUGGAUGAACAAAGACUUUCUGAUGCGCUGCGUACAAAUACGACAGAGGUCCUUGCUCACAUUCUUAGAUAUCUUUGCAGCCCGUCUUCAAGCGCACAGCUGCCGUCUCGGUUGAAACUCUCGCUUGCGCUGCAUUUCGCGAAUCCUAACACUCUGAAAGCUGUGUGGCGGGGUGUAGAAAGCAGGCGCGGAUCUGCUGAUCUGACAAUUGCCUCACUCAACAUCAUAAACGCUUUCUUGGAUAUGAAGUUGGGCGGAGACAGAGACGUCGAAUAUACAGCAAUCAAAUUGAGUCGCACGUUCCUGUUGGAACGUAUCAUAGCGCUGCCUACUAUCCAGAGAAUUUUGGAGCUUAAUAGCGCCACUGAUGGUACUGACGAAGGCUUGGCUCUAAUGCAAGCGAAGAGUCUGAUCACGCUGCAUUUGGGCAUACAACUGAAUCGAGAAUUUCUUACCUCAUUUGUGCGGAGUGAUGCUUUGACGCUUGUGGAACAGGUUCUAGCCCGAGUUGCUGACCGCUUGGGCAUUGAUGAGAACAAUCUUGUUUUGCAAUCUCCAGAAUACACGUUAUCAGCGUUUGAAAUGUAUCUCACCCAAUGCGCUGUCGGUAUGUGCAAACUUGUAAUUCGAAUGGCUUCGACGCUUGGUGCUGAUUGCUUUUCUUUACACGAAAGUGACAGGGAUGAAGGCAGAAGUUGCAAUCAUGCAGAGGACUUGACGCGAGUAUUGCCGAUAUCACUUCUCCUAUUUAGUGGGUUGCUGCAGAAUCCAAACUGCCGACAACAUCUAUUUCACUACUUGGUCGCGAGCAACAGCAAGCAGUAUGCGUUUUUUCUGCGUCUGAUGGCAAUGCUUCUGGCAUCAUACCCUGAAGAAGUUCUAAUUAUACCAGGAGAGCCCGAGAUAACGAUGACAAUUGCCCGUUUUGUGUCGGAAAUUUUGCUGGGCUUGUUUCAACUUGCAGUUGCGGAGGUCAACGAGAUUGUUUUGGUCGAGAAGCAAAUAAUGUUCACCCAUUUGUUGCCUGCGGUGGUAAAACACAUAUCUGGGGAUUUGGAGAGUAACGAUGAACAUGUUGCGGUAACCUGUCUCCGAAUUCUGUAUGUAGUACUGUUGGAUUUUGACUAUGACAACGACAAUCGUGAGUAUGAGUUUUACGACCCCUUCGUUCGAUCAUUGCUUCUCCCCCACCUCAGCAAAAUGCUAAAAAGACGGGACACUGAAGUUGAGCAGAUUUGGAGUCUGUCAAGUGAGCUGCUGUUUGGUUUGCUCUCCAGUGAUUCAUCUCUUCUCAGUGAAGCAGAGGAUCUUGAUCUUGUGCCCACAGUAGUGGGCUUGCUAGCCGUUCCAGUCCAGUUCAAUUCAUUGCCUUCACAUGCUACAGAGCUAGUCCAGAUGCUGAUGGAAUCGGUUGAUGUGGAUUUAAAUUUGUUAUUGGAGUCAGGCAUUGCCCAAAGUAUUGCUGCUGGGUUGACAUUCGCUGCAAGACAAAAUAAGGUGGAUGGAGCUUUGGUGGGCUUGGUUCUCAUUCUACUGAAUUUGCUCCACCACCAGUUUAAAAAGAUGCGUCAACAAGGGAUAGCAUCAGAUCUAGCAGAAUUCGACGAUCUGGUCGCUUUUGCACCAUUGCUGCUGCAGUUUUGUGCUCGUAGUAUUCAGCACCACCUGAAUGGGAAGUCGGAAAGCCUAUUGCCAGAGAAGGAUACCAUCUCAGAGAGGAUGACUCAUGGAGUUGCUAUUUUAGCCUCUCGCUGCCUCGUUCUCCUAUCUCAGAUAUCACGUGAACAGUUGAUAAAGGCGAUAUUUACACAAGACAAGUCGGAUGUUUCUGUCUUGAGUUCAAUCUUUUCAUAUUUGCAAACAGAUACGAGUGACGAUGACAUGGGUGGCAUUGUGCUGCAUGUGCUACUAACAUUGAAACACUGUCUGCGGUGCCAGGGUAAUAAUACUAGCCUCGUGAGUCAGUGGGUGACUAACAACGGUGAUUGUCUAAAUACGGCGAAGGCUUCGGCAUCGCGCAAAACACCAUUACCAACAAGUAAAGACCAUAGCAGAAUGGAAAGUCAUUUGACCUGUCCGACUGUCUCAGAACAGAUAUCGAAGGCGGUAGCGGCAAUCGUGAGUCUUUGCUCUUCGCACGCACAAUGA